UUGCUAGUCAUCGUCCCAUCCGUUUGCGCCACCGCCCUCCGCUCCCCACGGCGCCGUGCACCGCCACGCUCCCGCGUUAUCCUCUUCCAAAUCCAAACCCAAACCCCUCGAGCUCACCUGCUAGUCUAGGGUUUUUCGCCGUUGCCACCCCACCAGCACCGCUAGCCGGGCGGCGCGCGCAGGCUCUAAUGGCGCUUGCAGGCCCCUCCCACCUCCUGUCCUCCUCCUCAACCUGCCUCCGCCGUCUCAACCCGCUGCUCUUCUUCGCCCACCGCCGCCCGGCGUGGACCCCGCGCCGCGCCGCCCACAGGUUCUGCGCAGUUGUCUCUGAGAGGGAUGUGUUCACCUCCCCUGAAGUCGCUAAGUCGUUCGACUUCACCAGCGAGGAGCGGAUUUAUAAGUGGUGGGAAUCUCAAGGAUUCUUUAAGCCUAACUUCGACCGUGGAGGCGAUCCAUUUGUCAUUCCUAUGCCACCUGCAAAUGUGACUGGAUCAUUGCAUAUGGGUCAUGCUAUGUUUGUUACCCUUGAGGUAGGGUGAUUCAAUUCCCUAAGACUCUUGUGUUCUUAUGUUGGCUAACUAUAUGCUGAUUUACAAGCAAUAAAUUUGUUUUUACACCGUAUUACGAUCUUCUAUAGUACGU